AAAGCGUCUCGUUGCCAGCGCGCUCUAGAAGCUACUGGCCAUUUCUGUCGGCUUCUUCAUGGCUCAACGACUUCAAAUUUUAAAUCCAGCACGAGUCGGAAUACUAAAACGACACAAAGCGCUGAGAAAGCGGAACAACGUCCCUCGAUAGAAAGAGGCGAUUCCAUCGAAAUCUCGUCUAUCAUGUGAUAAUAGUGAUCGUUUCCGGAUCUUGUUUCGUAAAUUAUCCUACGCUAUCAGAUUCGUAAAAAUACUUGUAGGGAUGGAUGAACAGAACGUGUUAUACGUAGAAGUGUGUCAAUAUGCCCACAGUAUCUUAUCAAAAACCAUAAUUGAAGAAACUGUAAAUGCCGAAUUACAAUUAUUGGAUGAGAUCUCUCUCGAUGUCAUUGUAUAUGGUAAAAAUUGUAUGAGCACAGUUAUCAAAGAUCAUGUCGAAUCUAUCAUAUGCUCAUCUGACUAUGUGGAGAAGGGAAAGGUCAAAAUUAAAGGAACUACUAUUAAGUAUUAUGUCUAUAGACUGACACAAGAAGAUGCUGCCAUAGAAACAAUGAAAUGUGAUUCCGAUGAAUUGCCAGUUGCGUCUCACUGGCUGUUACCCGCACAGGAAUUUCACUGCAUGUGGGAGAAUCUGUAUUACGAUUGUGACAUAAAGAAUAACUUAUUACGUUUCGUGGAGACUACAAUGUUAUUUUCUGAUCACGCUGUUAAUUCUAACAUUAUAAGCUGGAAUAAAGUGGUAUUGUUGCACGGCCCCCCAGGUACAGGCAAAACCAGUAUGUGCAAAGCUCUCGCUCAAAAAGCUGUCAUUCGCAUGGGAGAUCGCUUUACUCAUGGAAAAUUUAUCGAGAUUAAUAGCCACAGCUUAUUUUCGAAAUGGUUCUCAGAGAGUGGAAAACUUGUUAUGAAGUUGUUUGAUGAAAUAAAGAAUUUGGUUCAAGACGAAAGGGCUCUGAUAUGCAUUUUGAUUGAUGAGGUAGAAUCGUUAGCCCAUGCACGUAAAUUAUGCAGCAACGGUACUGAACCAUCUGACUCCAUACGCGUUGUGAAUGCACUGCUCACGCAAUUGGAUCAAAUCAAACGAUAUCCGAACGUUUUAAUUUUAACGACGAGCAAUAUGACGGAAGCAAUAGAUCUUGCGUUUGUCGAUCGAGCGGAUAUAAAGCAGUAUCUUGGAUAUCCAUCCGAAAUCGCUAUUUACAAUAUUUAUCAUUCGUGCCUAAAGGAAUUAAUGAGAACUGGAAUUUUGGAAAAUGAAGAGAUACACGAUAUAUCGCAGUUAAAGAUACUUGGCUACACAGAAUAUGAAAACACUAAGAACAGUCUAAAAUUGCUGGAACUUAGCCGCGAGAGCGAAGGCUUAACUGGUCGUACAUUAAGAAAAAUACCAUUUUUGGCGCACGCUCUUCAUACAUCCACGAGCAAAACUACGCUGUCCAAAUUUCUAAAAGCCAUGCACACUGCUAUACUGAAACAGGAUCAACAAGAAGGCGAUAUGCAGCAGUCGUGAACAGAAAGAUUGUUCUUUUCCUAUUUACUUUAAUACUAUUUUAUUAUGUAUAUUCUAUUUUAUAUAUACAUACAUAUAAUUAUGUAUAUAUAAU